UCUACCCGUCUGCCGUAGCCACGCUCCUUACAAUUAGUUCCAACUAAACUCCUUACUCGCUCCUCGGUUUAAGAUUCAUUGCAUCCAAGGUUAAUUACUUUCUAAAAGCUAGCGGUAACCUUACUUUUGUCCUUUUGUACUUUUGUUGGUCGGGAUUAAAACUUCCCCUCGUUUCUAUAGUUCCGUCGCUGUAUCCGUAUCAUACUUACACCAUUUAGAGUUGUUCUCCAUACUCCUAGAUAUUCUGAUCAUGGAAUUUGCAUACCGUACCUUGGUAUUCUGUCCUUUUUCUUCCUUUUCCUAGCUCUUCGCCGUCUCUUAUCAGAUAUAGUCAACAAUGGAUUUCCAACAAUUGACCUUACCAACAUGUCUCGACGAGGCGCAAAUCAAGUCCCUACCCUCGAAAGCAUUUUAUGUUCCCGAUUUCCUUACGGAGGAUGAGGAACAGGUAUUGUUGCAGAAAGUAAGUAAAUCCUGAGCUCAUCCACCGUUAUCAGCUUGAGAUUCGAUAUUUGACAUCGUCGCAUUUGCAGAUUGCGACAGCACCAAAACCACGGUGGAAGCAGUUGACUCAUCGUCGUCUUCAAACAUGGCCCUCCGAUUUGACGAAGAAUACUUUAUUGGAUGCGCCUUUGCCCGUGUGGCUAACAGAUCCUGUUGUCUCUCGACUCCUCUCCUUGCCUACCUCGCAUAAAGAUGAAGGACGCCAUAUCUUUAGUGAUAGUCCCCAUGGAUGUCCGACCCAUGUCCUAAUAAAUGAAUACCUACCCAAUCAAGGAAUCAUGCCACACAAAGAUGGAUCGGCCUAUCAUCCUGUCGUCUGCACCGUAAGCUUGGGCGCAAGUCUAUGUUUGGAUAUAUAUGGGGACAAAGAGGAUGGCACAAGAGAGGAACAACCAAGGUGGAGGAUUCUUCAGGAACCAAGAAGUUUGUUGAUCACAACAGAUGAGCUAUACACAAAUUAUUAUCAUGGGAUAUCCGAGAUUGAAGCAGAUAUCAAUCUCAAUUCUACAACAGUCGCAAACUGGAAUCUUCUACGGUCCGAAGAUGGAAUCAUUGACGGAAGAUACGAAAGACGUGAGCGACUAAGCCUUACGUAUCGCGACGUACUGAAGGUAUCGAAGUUGGGUACUAAGCUAGGGAUAUUCGGUAAACGCUGAGACGUCUCGUCUUGACAUGGUCUCCUCCUCCAUCUAUCUUUCGAGCCACUUAUCCACACACUCUGAGCGAACCUCAUCUCAAUACACAUAAGGUAGCAUUCUCCAUCUACCCUUCAAAUUAUCUAUGCCGAACUUCGCGACAUACCACUUCCUAGUAGAAUCUGCAGUCA